GUAGAUGGUGAAAAAUUCGUGGAACUGCUUGAAGUAAACACAUUCAAUAAACAUCGGGUUCAGUCGGCUUUAAACUGCGCAGACAAGCGGUUCAUUAUUCAUUUUAUAGGCAAAUAUUGGCGUAAUUUUUUAUAUUUUCAAUUUCGUUCAAACACAAACAAAAAAAGAAUUUUUCGUUAAAUGGCGACUUGUGGCAUUGGUUUAUUGUCACCGUUGUGUAACGUGUUGUUUACGUUGAUACCAACAAUUCUAAAUACACUGACUGGUGUGUGGCCAGACGAUUACGGAAAUAUUGCUGUCGAACGCGGUUCGGAUGUGUAUGACUUCAUUAUUGUCGGAGCGGGAACAUCUGGAUCGAUAGUAGCUAGUCGUUUGAGUGAGGUGCCAAAUUGGAAAAUUCUUCUCAUUGAAGCGGGUGGUGAUCCACCGAUACAAUCACUUAUUCCUGGAUUGUUAUUCAGUAUGGCAAAAACUCCAGUGGACUGGCAAUUCUACGCGAAAUCAACAUCAGCUUGUAAAUUAGCACCUGGAGGCACUUGCUAUCUACCUCGAGGAAAAAUGUUAGGUGGUUCGUCAUCAAUUAAUUACAUGUUUUUUGUCCGUGGCAUUGAAGACGACUACAAUGAAUGGGCCAAUCUUGGUAGCUCUGGCUGGGAUUACGAAAGUGUUUUACCGUACUUUAGAAAAUUCGAAGGAAAUCAAAAUAAAAAUUUUGUUGCAUACGCCAAUGGAAGAUAUCAUAGUGCAACUGGACCAUUGAAAAUAAGUUCCACUCCCAUAGCUUCGAUUGAUGGAGCAAUCGCUGGCUUACUUCGAGAGGCUGGUGUUCAAUUCAUUCCCGAUUUAAAUGCCGAUUACAAGCUUGGCCAUACAUUCAUUCAACUAUUUACAUCAAAUGGUCUACGCAGUAGCUCAGCAAGUGGAUAUCUCAGUCCAGUAUGGACUCGAUCGAAUUUGCACGUAAUAAAGCAGGCGUAUGUCACGAAGGUUUUAUUGAAUGAUAAAAAUGAAGCGUAUGGAGUGGAAUUUCUAUACAAAGGACAAUACAAAAUGAAAGCGUAUUCGAAAAAAGAAGUGAUUGUUUCAGCGGGAGCAAUUCAAAGCCCUACACUGUUGAUGCGUUCGGGAAUCGGACCAAAGCAGCAUUUGGAGAAGCAAAAAAUUGCUUGCAAAGCAGAUUUACAUGUUGGUGAAAAUUAUAUCGAUCAUGUGUACGUUCCAAUGCCUUUUAUGCUCAAUAUUAAUCAAUCACCGUUGCCGUGGACAUAUACAAUCAACAGUGUGCUUCAAUAUGUUCUAAGCAGAACUGGACCACUCGCUUCACCGACAUUUAUAUCAUCACAUAUUAAUACGAUCAAUGGAACUGGAGCGCCUGACAUUCAAUUGAGUUACGGGAAUUUUGCACGUGGCACUCCACGGAUGAUUAUCACUGGCUUCCUUCGAUACAGUAACUUUGAGCAAUUCAAUGACUUUCUUAUCAAUAUUAAUAGCCAAUAUGAUAAUUCAUUGGCUUUGAUUACAUUGCUCAAGCCAAAGUCACGCGGUUUUAUACGAUUGAACGAAUGUGAAAAGUGCCCAGAAGCAACUAUCAAUUCCAACUACUUAACUGAUCCCAGAGAUAGAGCAACAAUGAUGCGAGCAAUAAAAUACGUACUAUCAACAUACACUUCGGAACCAUUUAAGAAGAGAGGCGCGUCACUUAUUCGAAUACCAAUUCCAGAAUGUGAUGAACUUGAGUAUCUGUCGGAUCCUUAUUGGGAAUGUUAUAUGACAUACUUAAGCAUCGCCGGCUCACAUCAAGUGGGUACUAGUAAAAUGGGAACUGAUCUAAAAGCUGUCGUUGAUCCACGGUUAAGAGUCUAUAAAACCAAAAGACUGAGGCAAAUUGAUGCUGGAGUAAUACCCGUUCCAAUUAGUGGAAACACCAAUUCCGCUGUGUCAAUGGUAGGCGAAAGGGGAGCUGAUAUCAUCAAAGAGGAUUACUUGAACUAAUCAUUCCUUUAUCAAAAUAUAUUAUGUUCGGUUGAUACUGUGCAGAAUUUUUUUUAUAUUUUUGUUUGGUUUAACGUUUCAAGAUUUUUUCAACGAUUUAUUUUUAAUGCUUUCCCUCGAUUUUGAAUUAUACUUUUUUUUUAAUUCAAACUUUCCUCUUAUCUAAUUCUUCUGUACAAAUCACGAUAAAUGAAGUCAAAUCCAGCGACUGAAUUCCAGUCAUAUGAAUCAUUUAAUUCCAUCAGAAGCUUUUCAUUGCCAACCCGGCUAUCAAUAUUUCACUUUUUCACGAUUUCUUUUCCUUCUUUUCGCAAUCGAAAUAUUUGAACCAAAAAAAAAUGCUAUUCCAAUCAAAGAAUUUUAACAGAGAGAAAAACGAAUCUCAAAUUCAACUUACUGUCCGUCGAGCGUGAUUGGAGGUGUAACUGGAUAUUGUUGUAUCGCGCUGGUAUUGGUUACAUUGACGAUCAUUAGUUUAACGUCUGGAUUUUUGGAACCAGGCGUUGGAUAUCGCACCGUUCGCGUCUCUGGAAACGAUGUACUACCAAAACUGUGCACAGCCAUAACAGCGCCGGAAUCAAACCAAGGAUAAACCAUUGUCCCGACUUGAGUGUCAUUAAACGACACAUACAUAAGAUGUGAUCCAUCGUCUGAGCUCCAAAUUGCUUCAGGUGUUGUGAAAAUUUCCUCUGUACAUCGCAUUUGGGUUGUUGUUGUUGUCGAACGGCAACGAAGAGAAACGGCAAAGAGAACGACGACGACGACGAUGAUGACGAUGACAAAUGCAGCGAAUCGUGCGCACGUAACAAAUGAAAAUAAAAAGCAAUCGAGAUAAAGUAAAUGUUAUUCUUUGUUGUUGCUAUUACAAAAGUAUAUAUCUAAAAUAUAUAUCCGAGACAAUAUGAGAACAAUACCGGCUGCUGACUAAAUAGCACAAUUUGCUAUGCUUUAAAUUUUUUUCUUCUGUUCUUCGCUUUGCUUCUCUUUUUUAUUUCGUUUUGUGGCGGCAUAAUGCAAUAGCCGCUCGCGUGAUACGCUAAGCGCAAGCGCAAUACGUAUGUGCGCUAAUUUAAAUAAAGUCAGUCUUAAGUCUACAGUCUAACCUAACAGUGGUCUUGUUAAUUGUUCACACCCAUACAGCAGGCCAUCUGAAGUCUCUGACUUCGGAUGGCCCACCAAUCAUCAAUAAGCCUCUUCAGAUAAUAUAAUAUGGCGAGUUUUGGUACAAGAGCCAUUAAAUAACAUCAAUUUUAAAUACGAAAAUGAUAAAAUCAAGUAUUAAUAAAAUCAAGCGCAUUUGUGAUCUGUGAUUCAUCGACGAGAAAUCAUUCAGUUAACAUCGAAUAUUGGACAAUUGUCAAACAUAGAAAAGGCAUAGAGGUUCUCAAAGAUAGUGAAAAUCUGCACAAUUAGAGCGAAAUCGUGAUGCUUAAAGAAAAAUCAAUAAAUUAUAUGUGUAAUAAGCCACAAAUUUUACGCGCAGAAAUAAAAACACGAACAAAAAAAAAAGAGCAGAAAAAAAAAAUGAAAUUAAAACGAAUGAAACCUACAGUUAUUUUGCUUGCAUGGACAAAAUAUACAAAAGUGAAGCGAAGGUGACAUUGUAAAAUCGCGUUAUAAGGUGCUUUAUAAAAUAGCAUUAAACGAAACGAUUACAUUUCAUUUAAAAUCGAAUGCAGCUACGUUUCAAAAUUCCAACAACAGUUAUAUAUAAUUCACUAUAACUGCGAAAAUCCGCACAAAGAAGAGCAUGCAAAUGAAAAAAAAAACGAUAAAGCGGUACAAAAGACAAUAAAAUACAUUAACUGUAGUGGUGACGUAUGUUCUAUGGACACUGUAUACCUGCGACUGCGUUAACAAACGCGAAUAGAUAUGUGCAACAUAAUUAAAGUAUAGUGGGGUGAAGUUCAAAGAAAAAAUAUAAUCAUUUCUUUUUGAUUUCUUUUGAUUUCUUUUAAAUUUCUCAAUUUGAAUGAAUAAUUUUGAAUAUUUAAACAUUUUAUUGUGGAUUUUCUCUGAAUAAUUAUUUUUUUUUUAACGUACGAAAUCAAUACACAAAUUUUUACAAAUAUAUUUAUAUCAAAACAUAAUAGGGUAAAAUAAUAAUUAUGGGCAAAACAAGCGUGAGAAUCACUUUAGAUGAGCCAUUCUGUAGAAAGGAACCAAGACUGGUCAUAAGAAAUAACAGUGUCUUGGUGAAAAUUGGGUUACAAACAAUUUUCGAUUUUGAAUUUUUUGGAAAAUGAAAAUAAGUUUUGUAUCGAGGCAUUUUGUACAAAGCUCCAAUAUUGCUCAGAGAUACACGGGAUAUACAAACAUCAAAUUGCAAUAAAUUCAAUCAUUUUUUCGUAUUACACUGUUGAGGAAUUUUGUGAGAUAACGCAAAAUAAUCUUGAUGGAAUGGUAAUCAACAUUAGGAAAAGUGUAGUAAUUAUUCAAAAGAGAGACAAAAUAAAAAAAAAAACUCGAAAUCCUGAGAAAUCAUGAGCAUUGGAACCAUUCGAACGCAAGCCAAAUUUACAUUAAAAUAAAGAACAAUUAUUUGUGGCCGGGUAUGAAAAAACACAUAACAAAAAUGGUUAAAUCAUGCGAAAUAUGUAAUUUAACAAACAAAACGGAAAAUCAAUUCAAAUUAUAGGGAAAAUCUAUUCGACUAAAUCAAUAUUCUCGACUUAUUCGAAUUUUGGAACUGAGAAAAUACUCUUCCAUUUCAACUAGUGGAGGAGAUGGGUACCAAUUACUGGUACUGAUGAUGAGGGGAUUUCACGCAAAUUUUGAUUUUUUUCGGAUUUUCUUUCAUUUUUAUCAUUUUCUACCAUUUUUUUUGAAUUUUAAACUUAUUGUUGAGGGGUACGUAUUCUUUUGUACAUGAUGACCAAAUUCAUGGUUUCAAUAAAAGCGGUUCGGUAAAGCAUCAUCCCAUGGAAAUUUUCAAUAUUCUUAAAUAAUUAAUAUCUUCUUAGUUGUCCUUGUCUUUUACCACAGUGACUUCAACACUGCGGGUGAACAUAACCACGUGUUUCGUUAACACGUGAUAGAAUAUUUUUAUUGCUAUGUCUUGUGCUAAUGUUGAUUGUUUGCAGAAAUGUCGCUACCAAGAUAAAAAUAUUGAUUUGAUAAAAACAAAUUGCGACCAAAUUAUCUUUCCUUUCGUUUUCCUUUUCUUUCAAUUCCAAGUAAAUAUUCUGCAUUUCAACUGUAUUAAAAAUAUUAAAAAUAAAUUUGAUUAAUGAUUUUGACUUCAUGACCACGUCGAUAUCAAGAGAAUUGAAACUAAAAUCUCCACUAAAAAUUU